UUGUAAAUUGCCUGAAUCAAGCGACCAAAUUAAUUUCUUUCUCUUUUCUCCAGCACGGGACGACAUUUCUACGUCGCUGUCGACCGCCUCCAAUUCAAAAUGGAGACUUUGGUUGAUCUUCUCGGUGUUGCUGCUCGGCGUUCACCAGUUCCGAUCGUUCUCUGUUGCAGUUCUCGGGAUGAGCUUGAUGCUGUUUGCUCUGUUGUUUCUAAUCUCACAUUCAUCUCUCUUUACCCACUGUACAGUGAUCUGGCUGAAGUUGAUCGUGCAUCAAUUCUCGAAAAGUUUCGUCAAUCGACUUCAGAGUGGAGUCAGAACAUCAAUGUUCUUCCUGGGGAUUGCACUGAAUCUGGAAAUGGAGACCACAAUUGCGCUAUGAUAGUUGUAACAGAUGCCUGUUUGCCUUCUGUUGUUCCUGGAGAAGCACCUGUUUCUGCUCACAUUCUAAUAAACUAUGAGCUUCCAACAAAGAAGGAAACAUAUUUGAGGCGCAUAUCAACCUCUUUGGCCCCAGAUGGAAUUGUCAUCAACAUGGUUGUUGGAGGCGAAGUGGUAACCCUCAAAGGAAUCGAGGAGAGUAGUGGCAUUGUCAUUGCUGAGAUGCCCAUCAAUAUUUCAGAGAUACUAUAAAGAAACUGUUCACCUAUUAAUUGAAAUGUGGAGAUGCUUAAAAGGCCUUGUUUAUACUAAUUCAAUGAGCUCAACGAGUAUCGUGGGUUUGCAUGACGAGCUACUUUGUCAAACUUAUUCUAUUUAUGAGGUAUUCAUGCUGGCAUAGUCUUUCGGUUUAUUAAGUUCAGCCCCUAGAAAUGUUUUGCGUGUGAUACCUUGAUUCUGGAAAAUCUAUAAAAAAACCAUUGUUUUUGUGCA